GUACCCCUCCUCCCUUCGUGGUACAAUAAAUACAUAAACAGUUUCGAUCACAUGAAGAUGGCCGCCGAUUUUAAGACUGCUCAACCUGUUGAAUACUACAGAAAAUUUCUUAAAGAAGAUAUUCGUCCUGAUGGUAGGGAGCUAGGGGAAAUCCGUCCAACCAUCCUAAAUGUUGGUUCCAUAACCACUGCAGAUGGCUCAGCACUGGUUAAGCUUGGGAACACGACCUGCAUCUGUGGCAUCAAGGCUGAAUUUUGUACGCCUAAGGAAGAUCUGCCAAAGUGUGGCAUUGUGGUCCCAAAUGUGGAUUUACCCCCGCUGUGUUCCUCUCGCUUCAAGCCAGGCCCUCCCAGUGAACAAGCUCAGGUUGUUACUCAGCUGCUUGCUGAUGUCAUCAACAAUGCCAAAAGCAUUGAUUUGGAAUCGCUCUGCAUUGUGGAAGCAAAGUUGUGCUGGGUGCUGUUCUGUGACAUUGUUUGUCUUGACUAUGACGGGAACAUUGUGGAUGCCUGCCUAGUGGCACUCGUGGCUGCCCUCAGAAACGUGUUGCUGCCAGAGGUGACAAUAGAGGAAGACUCACAGCUCCCAGUCACGUCAUCGGACAAAACAGUUUCUCUUAGCAUCCACAAUACACCUGUUGCCACCACCUUUGCCAUCUUUGACGAGUCUGUUUUAUUGGCCGAUCCAACCAAUGAGGAAGAGAGCAUAGCAACAGGUGAGGUGACAAUUGUCAUGACAGAGGAUGGACGGCUACAAGCAGUCCACAAACCAGGAGGAAGCCCACUGUCGCCAGACCAACUUCAAGACUGCAUUACAAGAACUCAGACAAGAUCCGAAGACGUACGGAGGCUGAUACAAGAUACAAUAGACAGUGUGGAAAGAUAGUCUUCACAAUUCUCCCAUUUUUAUUGUCUCAGGUUCUGAUGUUACAGUUCCUUGUCUAAGGCUGUUUUUAUAAUAAUGGCUUCAAGGUUUGGGCUAAGCUAAAAAUGUUCUGGUGUUCCCCCCUACUUUCAUUUGAAAAAAGAUAUUUCCUGGUUGUGAACCAGAAUCAUGGUAAUAGUCCGUAAGCAUUCAACAAUAAAAUAGAAAGAAACUGGAUAUUUUCACUGCUAAAAAUCUUAUUUCAGGGCACCAAACUUUUCAUCCUCUGUCAGUAUUUAGUGUCCUAUGUGGUGGCUUAUUUUUUUUUUGGGGGGGGGAAUUUUGAAAAUUUUACUGAAGUAAAGUAAAUAGCUUCUGAACAUACUAGUUCACAUACUCUGGCACUUAAAAUGUUAAAAAUGUCUUAGUUAUGGCAUUUAUAUAUUUGUAUGUAUAGGUCAGAGUUGUCAGACCUAAAGACAUUCUUUUGGUAUUAAAUACCGUUUUCAAAGUUUGAUGACAACUGAAUGAUCUACUAUCCCCUCUUUCCAACCUACAAUUGAAGAA